AUGUCCGAGGUGCUGCCAUACAACGAGGGGAAGAUGAGCGGCUAUGGGGCGGACAGCGAGGUCAGCCAGAUGUCCUUUAGCUGCGGACUGCAGGACACAAACGCCUUUUUCGCCGCGUCGCAGGCGAAAAGACCCCCGAAGCUUGGACAGAUCGGCAGAGCUAAGCGAGGUAAAUGAUGGUUAAAUAAAAGAUUCACAUUUUCAAACACUGUCACUCGAUUAGAACCUCAAAUUUGAUUUCAAAUAGAAAGUGAGGAAAAUCUGUGACUUCUAUGGCACAGUCUAGAGAGAAGUCAGGGGCUUUUGGAAAGUUUGCAUUAACAUUAAAACAUGCGAUAUUCUCAAAUUUUGUUUAUUCUAUCUUUCUUGUAUGAAAAAGCUGAAUGCAUCAUGAUCACGCGAGUCUGUGGACCGCAAUCAUCAGACUGUUUACAUUUACGCACGAGCGAGAAAUUAUCUCUUCAUGCACGGACACACCCCACCAAACAAUAGGCUUUAAUAACAGAGGAUAAAAGACUCUCCCAUCGUCUGUGUCGAGGUUGAGUUGUUUUUUUUAGCAGCAAAUGCGCGCACACGAUGUCAGGGAUUUGCAACAGUGCGUUAAUUUAUUUAUUUAUUCACCUGCAGACGCGCUACACUUGCUUUUCUGGUGCGCCAUAUUCCCCCCCUUUACUCAAGGCCAUUAACAUGAAGCCAUUAUGAGGGAAAAUUUUGACCUGUAGUGACACACAAUGCACAAGCACGAUGCUCUUCUAUGUUCUGAGAAAUCUUCACAGUCCUAGUGUGAGUAAACAUGCUUUCCCCCCCUCAUUUUCUCCCCCCCAACAGUGGUGAUCGAGGACGACCGAAUAGACGAGGUCCUGAAGGGAAUGACGGACAAGUCUUCACCCGGCGUUUAA